UAAGCGAUUGUUGUUCUUUCAGUAAUAGAAUGUCAAACAGCAGCUGCAGUAGCGAAGACGAUUAUUCGGCUAGCGAGUAUUCGGAUGUCGAGUCAAUUCUUUCUGAUGAGGAAGAGGACAUCGAGGAUUAUAAAAAGGGAGGGUAUCACCCUGUGUGCAUUGGUGAUCGAUUUGAUAAUGGGAGGUACAUCAUUGUCAGAAAACUUGGUUGGGGCCAUUUUUCAACUGUUUGGUUAGCUUUAGACAUUCUGACAGACACUCACGUAGCACUCAAGAUCGUAAAAUCAGCCGACAGGUACACUGAAAGCGCUUUAGAAGAAAUAAACCUAUUGGAGUGCGUGAAGAAGACUAAUCCGCAUUCCCGAGGUUAUCAAUAUGUUGCUCAACUUCUGAGUCAUUUCUGGCACACGGGUCCAAACGGCAAGCACGCCUGUAUGACAUUUGAAGUACUUGGAGAAAGUUUAUUAUCAUUGAUGAAGCGUUAUCAUUACAAAGGCAUUCCUCAGCCUAUUGUGAAAAGAAUUUCCAAACAAGUAUUACAAGGAUUAGACUAUUUACAUCGAGAAUGUGGGAUUGUACAUACAGAUUUAAAACCGGAAAAUGUGUUGGUUUGGAUUCCUAAUAUUGAAGAAUAUUUGAAAAAGGAAACGGCAGAGGUGCUAACAGCAAUUAAGCAGAGAGACGAUGCAUCAUCAUCAAGAAAAAAUAUAUCAAUCACACAUACAACAACUACAGGGCGACCUCAACCAAAGGAGCAUAAACCUUGGUUGACGGAAACUGAGGCUAAUGGAUUAACAAAAUCGCAAAAGAAGAGACUAAAAAAGAAAAAGAAAAAGAUGAUGGCUGAAGCUCAGAAGAAAGCAAGCGCCAUAGACGAAGAGGACGAAUUAGGGAAAUUGACAGAUAAAAUAGACAAUCUCAGCAUCUCAAAUGUUGAGACAGCAACAACGGUUGACGGCAUAUCACAGGACGAUGAUUCCAGAACAGGAAAAACGAAAGUGAUACCAUCUUCUACGCUAGAUAUUGCUUCAAUCUUGUUACCGAGGGACAUAGACGAUGAAGACGAGAGAAUGAAAGUGUUUGAUAAGAUUAUUGUGAAGAUUGCAGAUCUAGGAAAUGCAUGCUGGAUGGAUGGAGAUUAUACACAUGUCAUCCAAACACGACAGUAUCGUAGUCCAGAGGUUAUUGUAGGAUGUAAAUGGACAAAUGAAGCAGAUAUGUGGAGUAUGGCUUGCAUGGUGUUUGAAUUGUUGACUGGAGAAUUCCUGUUUGAUCCAAGAGCAGGAUCGAAAUAUAACAAAGAUGAUGAUCACUUGGCGCAGAUGUUGGAGCUAUUACGUACUGUACCCAAGAUUUUAACCUCUGCUGGUGAGCUUUCCCGCGAUUUUUUUGAUCGUACAGGCAAGCUAAAGCAUAUCAAAAAAUUACGUUAUCGCAGAUUACGUGAUGUGCUUCACGAUACGUUCCUUAUGCCACCGGAAGAAGCGGAUGCCAUUAGCGCCUUUUUAUUACCAAUGCUGGAAAUGGAUAUGACCAAAAGAGCAUCGCCUAGUCAAAUGCUCGAAAGUCCUUGGUUACAGGACAUCCCUUAACUUCAAGAACCUGCCCAAAUAGACCCAAACUAAGAACACCACCUAGAUCUCUGUAUAUGUAUGCAAAUUGAAGUUUGAGUUUUUCUGAUAAACAAAUUACUGUCUUUGAUAUUCAUCCCGAAGAGUUAUAUACCUCUCUAUAAUCGUUCCGUUAAUGUAAAGAGUAAUGCUGUUUACAAAACUUCUAAUGCUCAACACGUAAUCUAUGGGUUUGAAUUAAAGUGUUGUGUCACUUUUUUAUUUUAAUAAAUCAUUUGCUUAAACUCCGUUUGCUUGGC